GCCUUGCCCGCCCUGGUCUGAGUCCCGACGAGCCGUGGCCAAGAGCGCAGGAGGCUUUAAGCUGCCUUGAGAAUCUCUUCUGAGACAGUCCUAAGGAGCAGCAUGGAGCAGCAGGAUAAAGAAGAGCCAGGAGGGAGCCCUGAGGACACAGAAUGGUGCCCAGCAAAGAUCGCUAGAAACCAAGAGUGUAACCAGGAGAGAAGAGUCUACAGACCAGAUUAUCAUAUGGGGAGACUUCUUCCAGGCCUUGACCCCAAGCCCUCACCUUCCUCUCUGCCCCAACCCUCAGAUGUAGGGCAGCCCCAGAAGUCAUUUCUGACGGGCCCUGAAAAGAAGUACCCACAGAUAAAGCAGCGCGGUUUCUACUCAGAUAUCCUCAGCCCUGGAACCUUGGACCAGCUUGGGAAUGUCUGCCGUGGCCCCUGCACGACCCGGAACUUGAUGCGUCAAGCUGACCUCAAUAAGUUCACACCCAAAGUCGAAACCUUCAAGAUUCCUGAGGACUUCCAGGAGCAUGUGCAGCAGCAAUGCAUUGGCUCCACCACAAAGCAGCUCUCCCAGACUGACUUCCCACUGCAGGCCUAUGAGCCCAAGGUGCAGGUGCCCUUCCAGGUGCUGCCAGGCCAGUGCCCUCGCAAGACUGAAAUUGAGAGGAGGAAGCGACAGUACUUGAGCCUGGACAUUGAAGAGCUGUUGGCCAAUGAAGGCAUCGACUCCAACAAGCUCAUGCCCAGACACCCAGACCUGAAGCACCCCCAAACCAUUGAACAGGGCCAUGACCCACUCUUCCCCAUCUAUCUUCCACUGAAGGUGUUUGACAAUGAAGACUUUGACUGCCGGACUCCCAGAGAAUGGCUCAACAUGGGCUUAGAGCCAGGAUCUCAGAACCGGAAACCUGUACCCGGAAAAGCUCUUCUCCCCACUGAUGACUUCCUAGGACAUGAGGACCCCAAGAGUCCGGAGCUUGACUAUAAGUGGUGUGAGGUUGGCGUCCUCGACUACGAUGAAGAGAAGAAGCUGUACCUGGUACACAAAACAGACAAGAGAGGCCUGGUGCGAGAUGAGAUGGGGAUGCCCAUUCUGAGUGGAGGGGCCACCACCCAAGAAAGGCCACCCCUUCUGUUCUUUCAGUACUGGGUGCCACGGAUCCAGCUGCUCUUCUGUGCUGAGGACCCUCGAGUAUUCACACAGCGUGUGGUCCAGGCCACUGCCCUGCGCAAGAACACAGAGGCACUGCUGCUGUACAACUUGUAUGUGGACUGCAUGCCCUCUGAGGGCCAGCAGCUCAUCAGUGAACAGAGCCUCAACCGGAUCAAGCAGUGGGCCCUGAGCACACCCCGCAUGCGCAGGGGACCACAGGUCCUGGAGUACAUCAGCAACCUGUCCAGAGAAGUGAAUCUGGACUAUGAACGAAGCAUGAACAAGAUCAACUUUGACCACAUUGUAUCAUCCAAUCCUGAUACGUUCUCCUAUGUGACUCUUCCCAAGAAAGAGGAAGAAAAGGUGCCUGAGUAUGGACUUGUGAGUGUCCCCAAGUACCCCUUUCGGGAGCAAAAGGAGGAUUUCACCUUUGUGUCCCUGCUCACACGGUCAGAAGUCAUCACAGCCCUGAGCAAGGUGCGGGCCGAGUGUAACAAGGUGACCUCCAUGUCACUGUUCCACUCAAGCCUCUCCAAGUACAGCCGCCUGGAAGAAUUUGAGCAGAUCCAGUCACAGACCUUCUCCCAGGUACAGAUGUUCCUCAAGGACAGCUGGGUCAGCACCCUGAAGGUGGCCAUGCGCAGCAGCCUUCGUGACAUGAGCAAAGGCUGGUAUAACCUCUAUGAGACCAACUGGGAGGUGUACCUCAUGUCAAAGCUGCGCAAGCUGAUGGAGUUGAUCAAGUACAUGCUCCAGGACACGCUGCGCUUCCUGGUGCAGGACUCGCUGGCCAGCUUCUCACAGUUCAUCAGUGAUGCCUGCUACAGCGUGCUCGACUGCACGGACGACAUGGUUUGGGGUGACGACUUAAUCAACAGUCCCUACAGGCCCCGGAAAAAUGCCCUGUUCAUCAUAGACUUGGUGCUUGACAGCUCAGGGGUACACUAUAGCAUGCCACUGGAGAAUUUCGAGGUGACUCUGCUCAACCUCUUCGAUAAGGGCAUCUUGGCCACCCAUGCUGUGCCCCAGCUGGAGAAGCUGGUAAUGGAGGACAUCUUUAUCAGCGGUGACCCCCUACUGGAGUCAGUGGGGCUUCAUGAGCCACUGGUGGAGGAGCUACGGGCUGUUAUCACAAAUGCUGUGCACAAAGCCAUGAUCCCGCUGCAGGCCUAUGCUAAGGAGUACAGAAAGUACCUGGAGCUGAACAACAACGAUAUUGCCACCUUCCUCAAGGCCUACCAGACACAGUGUCCAUCAGCAACAGAGGUACGAGAGGUGGUGCUUACCCAUCUGAAAGAGAAAACAAUCCUCGACAACUCAUUGCCUGGCAGCAUCGUAAUUGGGCCCUUCUACAUCAACAUUGACAAUGUCAAGCAGAGCCUGUCCAAAAAGCGCAAGGCCUUGGCCACUUCCAUGCUGGAAGUCCUAGCCAAGAACCUGCAUAAGGAAGUGGGCAGUAUCUGUGAGGAAUUCCGCAGCAUCAGCCGCAAGAUCUACGAAAAGCCCAAUAGCAUCGAGGAGCUGGCUGAACUGCGAGAGUGGAUGAAGGGAAUCCCUGAGAAGCUGGUCAUACUAGAGGAACGGAUUGUGAAGGUCAUGGAUGACUACGAGGUCAUGGAAGAAUUCUUUUACAACCUCAGCACAGAUGACUUCAAUGACAAGUGGGCUGCCAGCAAUUGGCCAUCUAAGAUCCUUGGGCAGAUAGAGAUGGUGCGACAGCAGCAUACUGAAGAAGAGGAAAAGUUCCGUAAGAUCCAGAUCAUGGACCAGAACAACUUCCAGGAGAAGCUGGAAGGGCUGCAGCUGGUGGUAGCUGGCUUCUCUACCCAUGUGGACAUUUUGCGAGCACACGAAAUUGCCAAUGAGGUGCGGCGGGUCAAGAAGCAACUGAAGGAUUGUCAGCAGCUGGCGAUGCUCUACAACAACCGCGAGCGCAUCUUCGGCUCAGCUGUCACGAAUUACGACAAGCUCUCAAGGAUGGUGAAGGAAUUCCAGCCCUAUCUGGACCUGUGGACCACAGCCUCAGACUGGCUACGCUGGUCUGAGAGCUGGAUGAAUGACCCCCUGUCAGCCAUUGAUGCCGAGCAGCUGGAAAAGAAUGUCAUUGAGUCCUUCAAGACUAUGCAUAAGUGUGUAAAGCAGUUCAAGGACAUCCCAGCUUGCCAGGACGUGGCCUUAGACAUCCGAGCCCGCAUCGAGGAGUUCAAGCCAUACAUCCCACUGAUCCAGGGACUGCGCAAUCCUGGCAUGCGGAACCGGCACUGGGAGAUACUAUCUAAUGAGAUCAACAUCAAUGUCAGGCCCAAGGCCAACCUGACCUUUGCCCGCUGCCUUGAGAUGAACCUGCAGGACCACAUUGAAAGCAUCAGCAAGGUGGCUGAAGUGGCUGGCAAGGAGUAUGCUAUUGAGCAGGCACUAGACAAGAUGGAGAAGGAAUGGGCAACCAUCCUGUUCAAUGUGCUGCCCUACAAGGAGACAGACACCUACAUCCUCAAGAGCCCGGAUGAAGCCUCACAGUUGCUUGAUGACCACAUCGUCACAACCCAGAGUAUGUCCUUCUCGCCCUACAAAAAGCCCUUUGAGCAACGCAUCACAUCUUGGGAGAACAAACUAAAGCUGACCCAGGAAGUGCUAGAAGAGUGGCUGAACUGUCAGAGAUCCUGGCUGUACCUGGAACCCAUCUUUAGUUCAGAGGACAUUACCCGGCAGCUGCCCGUGGAGAGCAAGCGCUACCAGACCAUGGAGCGGAUCUGGAGAAAGAUCAUGAAGAAUGCUUAUGAGAACCGGGAGGUGAUCAAUGUGUGUGCUGACCAGAGACUGCUGGACAGCCUACGGGACUGCAACAAGCUGCUGGACCUGGUGCAGAAGGGCCUCAGCGAGUACCUGGAGACCAAGAGGAAUGCCUUCCCCAGAUUCUUCUUCCUGUCUGAUGAUGAACUGCUAGAGAUAUUGUCACAGACAAAGGACCCUACUGCCGUACAGCCUCACCUACGCAAGUGCUUCGAGAAUAUUGCUCGGCUGCUGUUCCAGGAGAACCUGGAGAUCACACACAUGUAUUCAGCAGAGGGUGAGGAGGUGAAGCUAUCCUUCUCCAUCUACCCCACCAGUAACGUGGAGGAAUGGCUGCUGGAGGUAGAGCGUAGCAUGAGGGCCAGUGUGCGCGACAUCAUUGAGAAGGCCAUCAAGGCCUACCCCACGAUGCCCAGGACCCAGUGGGUUCUGAACUGGCCAGGCCAGGUCACCAUCGCUGGCUGCCAGACGUACUGGACCCUGGAGGUUUCCAACGCUCUAGAGGCUAACAACCUGAGUUCUGAGCUGUUCCCCCAACUCUCCCAGCAGCUCAGUGACCUGGUGGCCUUGGUACGGGGACAGCUGUCCCGCAUGCAGCGGGCAGUGCUAUCAGCACUCAUUGUCAUUGAGGUCCAUGCCAAGGACGUGGUACAAAACCUGAUCAAGGAGGGUGUGGUCAGUGUGAAUGACUUCGAGUGGAUCUCACAGCUCAGGUACUACUGGACAAACCGUGACCUGUACAUCCGUGCUGUGAACGCUGAGUUCAUCUAUGGCUAUGAAUACCUAGGCAACAGUGGGAGGCUGGUAAUCACGCCCCUCACUGACAGGUGCUACCUGACCCUGACUGGAGCCUUGCACCUCAAGUUCGGAGGUGCCCCAGCUGGCCCAGCUGGCACAGGGAAAACAGAGACCACCAAGGAUCUUGGCAAGGCCUUGGCCAUACAAACAGUUGUGUUCAACUGCUCUGACCAGCUUGACUUCAUGGCCAUGGGCAAGUUCUUCAAGGGCCUAGCCAGCUCUGGGGCCUGGGCCUGCUUCGACGAGUUCAAUCGGAUUGACAUUGAGGUGCUGUCCGUGGUGGCACAGCAGAUCACCACCAUUCAGAAGGCUCAGCAGCAGCGGGUAGAGCGCUUUGUGUUUGAGGGCGUCGAGAUCCCCCUUGUGCCAUCCUGUGCCGUGUUCAUCACCAUGAACCCAGGAUAUGCUGGCCGCACAGAGCUACCUGACAACCUGAAGGCUCUCUUCAGGCCUGUGGCCAUGAUGGUCCCAGAUUAUGCCAUGAUUGCUGAGAUCUCCCUCUACUCUUUUGGCUUCAAUGAGGCCAAUGUUCUGGCCAAGAAGAUCACCACCACCUUCAAGCUGUCCUCAGAGCAGCUCAGUUCCCAGGAUCACUACGACUUUGGGAUGAGAGCUGUGAAAACUGUGAUCUCAGCUGCAGGGAACCUCAAGAGAGAGAACCCCAGCAUGAGUGAGGAAUUGAUCUGCCUCAGAGCCAUCAGGGAUGUGAAUGUCCCCAAGUUCCUGCAGGAGGACCUCAAGCUCUUCUCAGGGAUCGUGUCUGACCUGUUCCCCACCAUCAAGGAGGAGGAAACUGACUAUGGCAUCCUGGACCAGGCCAUCCGUAAAGCCUGUGAGAAGAGCAACCUCAAAGAUGUGGAGGGCUUCCUAACAAAGUGCAUCCAGUUGUAUGAGACCACAGUGGUGCGCCACGGCCUCAUGCUCGUUGGCCCCACAGGCUCUGGCAAGAGUAAGUGUUACAGAGUCCUGGCAGCUGCCAUGACGAUGCUGAAAGGACAGCCCUCCAUCAGUGGUGGUGUGUAUGAGGCCGUCAACUACUAUGUUCUUAACCCCAAGUCCAUCACGAUGGGCCAGCUGUACGGGGAAUUUGACCUGCUCACCCAUGAGUGGACAGAUGGGAUUUUCUCCUCCCUCAUCCGGGCCGGGGCCAUUGCCGCUGAUUCCAACAAGAAAUGGUACAUGUUUGACGGACCAGUGGAUGCCGUCUGGAUCGAGAACAUGAACACGGUGCUGGACGACAACAAGAAACUGUGCCUCAGCUCUGGAGAGAUUAUAAAACUCACAGAGGCAAUGACCAUGAUGUUUGAGGUGCAGGACCUGGCAGUGGCCUCACCAGCCACAGUGUCUCGCUGUGGCAUGGUGUACCUGGAGCCCAGCAUCCUGGGACUCAUGCCCUUCGUUGAGUGCUGGCUAAAAAAAAUCCCUGCCUUUAUGAAGCCCCAUGAAGAACAACUCAGGACCCUCUUUGCCCGAUUUCUGGAGAGCUCCCUCGACUUUGUUCGUGCCUCAGUGAAAGAGGUGAUUGCCUCAACAAAUAGCAACCUGACCAUGAGCUUCCUCAAGCUGCUUGACUGCUUCUUCAAGCCCUUCCUGCCCAGAGAGGGCCACAAGAAGGCAUCCCCUGAGAAGCUGAGUCGCAUCCCAGAGCUGAUUGAACCCUGGUUUAUUUUCUCCCUGGUCUGGAGUGUGGGUGCCACUGGGGACAGCAACAGCCGCACCACCUUCAGCCAUUGGCUAAGGAUGAAGAUAAUGUUGGAAAAGCUCACUCUUCCCUUCCCUGAAGAGGGUCUGGUGUUCGAUUACAGGCUGGAUGACGCUGGGAUCAGCAACACAGAGGAUGAUGACGAUGAAGAGGAGGAGGGCAAGCAGGUUGCCUGGGUGAAGUGGAUGGACUCCUCAGCCCCAUUCACCAUGGUGCCAGACACCAACUACUGCAGCAUCAUUGUACCUACCAUGGACACAGUGCAGAUGUCCUACCUGCUGGGCAUGCUGCUCACCAACAACAAGCCUGUGCUAUGUGUCGGACCAACGGGCACAGGGAAGACACUGACCGUGGCGGACAAGCUCCUGAAGAACCUGCCGCUGGAAUACAUCAGCCACUUCCUCACCUUCUCAGCCCGCACCUCGGCCAACCAGACCCAGGACCUCAUUGACAGCAAGCUGGACAAGAGGCGGAAGGGUGUGUUUGGGCCACCACUGGGGCGCAACUUCAUCUUCUUCAUUGAUGACCUGAACAUGCCAGCCCUGGAGACAUACGGCGCACAGCCGCCCAUAGAGCUGCUACGCCAGUGGAUGGACCAUGGCGGCUGGUAUGACCGCAAGGUUAUUGGAGCCUUCAAGAACCUGGUGGACAUCAACUUUGUCUGUGCCAUGGGCCCCCCAGGGGGAGGUAGGAAUGCCAUCACCCCAAGGCUGACUCGUCACUUCAACUACUUGUCCUUCAUUGAGAUGGAUGAGGUCAGCAAAAAACACAUCUUCUCCACCAUCCUGAGAUGUUGGAUGGAUGGACUGCUUGGAGAAAGAAGUUACCGAGAGCCUGUACCUGGAUCCCCCAACAUCACCCAAUUCAAUGAGCCCCUCGUGGAAGCCACCAUCAAAGUGUACGCCACUAUCACCUCCCAGCUGCUUCCCACUCCAGCCAAGUCCCACUAUACCUUCAACCUGAGGGACCUCUCCAAGGUCUUCCAGGGUAUUCUCAUGGCUGACCCAGCCAAAGUCGAGGACCAGGUGCAGUUGCUUCAACUGUGGUACCACGAGAACUGCCGCGUGUUUCGUGACCGACUGGUGAAUGAGGAGGACCGCAGCUGGUUUGAUGAACUCCUUGAAAGCCACAUAGAGCCAUGGGAGGUAUCCUUCAGCAAAGUCUGCCCCUUCCAGCCCAUUCUAUAUGGGGACUUCAUGGCACCUGGCUCAGAUGUGAAGUCCUAUGAGCUCAUCACCAGUGAGACCAAGAUGAUGCACGUGAUUCAGGAGUACAUGGAGGACUACAACCAGAUAAACACGGCCAAGCUGAAGCUGGUCCUCUUUGUGGAUGCCAUGAGCCACAUCUGCCGCAUCAGCCGCAUCCUGCGCCAGGCGCUGGGCAAUGCGCUCCUCCUGGGUGUAGGGGGCAGUGGCCGCAGCUCUCUCACCCGGCUUGCCUCGCACAUGGCUGAGUACGAGUGCUUCCAGAUCGAGCUGUCCAAGAACUACGGCAUGUCCGAGUGGCGUGAAGAUGUCAAGAAGGUCCUGCUCAAGGCCGGCCUGCAGAACCUGUCCAUCACCUUCCUGUUCUCAGAUACCCAGAUCAAGAAUGAGUCCUUCCUGGAAGACAUCAACAAUGUCUUGAACUCGGGUGACAUCCCCAACCUCUACAAUGCUGAAGAACAGGACCAGAUUAUCAACACCAUGCGGCCCUACAUCCAAGAGCAGGGACUGCAGCCCACCAAGGCCAAUCUCAUGGCCGCCUACACAGGGCGUGUGCGAAGCAACAUCCACAUGGUGCUGUGCAUGAGCCCAAUUGGAGAGAUCUUCCGAGCUCGCCUGAGGCAGUUCCCCUCCCUUGUCAACUGCUGCACCAUUGACUGGUUUAACGAGUGGCCAGCCGAAGCUCUGCAGUCUGUGGCCACCAUGUUCUUGAAUGAGAUCCCAGAACUGGAGUCUUCCUCGGAAAUAAUUGGAGGAUUGAUUCAGGUUUGUGUAUACAUCCACCAGUCAGUUGCCAAGAAGUGUAUCGAGUACUUGGCAGAGCUAGCCCGCCACAACUACGUCACCCCCAAGAGCUAUUUGGAGCUACUGAAUAUUUUCUCCAUCCUCAUUGAACAUAAAAAACAGGAACUGAAAACUGCCAAAAAUCGCAUGAAGAGUGGUCUUGACAAGCUGCUACGCACUUCUGAGGACGUGGCCAAGAUGCAGGAGGAGCUGGAGGUUAUGCGCCCCCUGCUGGAGGAGGCUGCCAAGGACACCAUGCUCACUAUGGACCAAAUCAAGGUGGACACAACCAUAGCCGAGGAGACCCGAAAGUCAGUGCAGGCAGAAGAGGUCAAGGCCAAUGAGAAAGCCAAGAAGGCUCAAGCUAUUGCUGAUGAUGCUCAAAAAGAUCUGGAUGAGGCCCUGCCAGCCCUGGACGCAGCCCUGGCAAGCCUGCGUAAUCUCAACAAGAAUGAUGUGACAGAGGUGCGCGCCAUGCAGCGCCCUCCCCCGGGUGUGAAACUAGUCAUCGAAGCUGUGUGCAUCAUGAAGGGCAUCAAGCCCAAGAAGGUGCCUGGAGAGAAGCCAGGCUCCAAGGUGGAUGAUUACUGGGAACCAGGCAAGGGCUUGCUGCAGGACCCAGGUCGCUUCCUUGAGAGCCUGUUCAAGUUUGACAAAGACAACAUUGGUGAGGCAGUGAUCAAAGCCAUCCAACCAUACAUCGACAAUGAGGAGUUCCAGCCAGCUGCUAUAGCCAAGGUGUCCAAGGCCUGCACGUCUAUCUGCCAGUGGGUGCGCGCCAUGCACAAGUACCACUUCGUGGCCAAAGCUGUGGAGCCCAAGAGGCAAGCCCUGCGAGAGGCCCAGGACGACCUGGAGGUGACACAGAGGAUCUUGGAGGAGGCAAAGCAGCACCUGCAGGAGGUGGAGGACGGCAUCACCACAUUGCAGGCCAAGUACCGGGAGUGCAUCUCCAAGAAGGAGGAGCUGGAGCUAAAGUGCCAGCAGUGUGAGCAGCGCCUGGGCCGCGCUGACAAGCUCAUCAAUGGGCUGUCCGAUGAGAAAGUGCGCUGGCAGGAGACAGUGGAGAACCUGGAGAACAUGCUUGACAACAUCUCCGGUGACGUGUUGCUGGCAUCAGGCUUUGUAGCCUACCUGGGCCCCUUCACAGGCCAGUACCGCACAGCACUCUAUGACCAGUGGGUCACCCAGCUCACCGUCCACCACGUUCCACACACCUUGAAGCCCACACUAAUCGGAACACUGGGAAACCCCGUGAAGAUCCGCUCGUGGCAGAUCGCAGGCCUCCCCAAUGACACGCUGUCAGUGGAGAAUGGGGUUAUCAACCAGUACUCCCAACGCUGGACCCACUUCAUUGACCCCCAGGGUCAGGCCAACAAAUGGAUCAAGAACAUGGAGAAGGACAAUGGGCUGGAUGUGUUCAAGCUGAGUGACCGUGACUUCCUACGCAGCAUGGAGAAUGCCAUACGCUUUGGCAAGCCAUGCCUUCUGGAAAACGUAGGGGAGGAGCUGGACCCAGCCUUGGAGCCUGUGUUGCUCAAGCAGACUUACAAGCAGCAGGGGAACACGGUGCUGAAGUUGGGAGACACAGUGAUCCCCUACCAUGAAGACUUCAGGAUGUAUAUCACCACCAAGCUGCCCAACCCACACUACACACCUGAGGUCUCCACCAAGCUCACGCUGAUCAACUUCACGCUGUCACCCAGUGGACUAGAGGACCAGCUACUGGGUCAGGUCGUAGCUGAGGAACGACCAGACCUGGAAGAAGCUAAGAACCAGCUGAUUAUCAGUAAUGCCAAGAUGCGUCAGGAGCUGAAGGACAUUGAGGACCAGAUUCUGCAACGCCUCAGCUCCUCGGAGGGCAACCCUGUGGAUGACAUGGAGCUCAUCAAGGUGCUGGAGGCUUCCAAGAUGAAGGCUGCCGAGAUCCAGGCCAAAGUCAGGAUUGCAGAGCAGACAGAGAAGGACAUUGACCUCACACGCAUGGAGUACAUACCUGUGGCUGUCCGCACCCAGAUCCUCUUCUUCUGUGUGUCUGACCUGGCCAACGUGGACCCCAUGUACCAGUAUUCCCUCGAGUGGUUCCUCAACAUCUUCCUCUCUGGCAUCGCCAACUCUGAGAGGGCAGACAACUUGAAGAAACGGAUCUCCAAUAUCAACCGAUACCUGACCUACAGUCUCUACAGCAACGUGUGCCGCAGCCUCUUUGAGAAGCACAAGCUGAUGUUUGCCUUCCUGCUGUGCGUCCGCAUCAUGAUGAAUGAGGACAAAAUCAAUCAGAGUGAGUGGCGCUACCUCCUGUCUGGGGGCUCCAUCCAGCUCAUGAGUGAGAACCCUGCACCAAACUGGCUAUCAGAUCGAGCCUGGCGAGACAUCCUGGCACUUUCCAACUUGCCAGCCUUUGCUUCCUUUUCUUCUGACUUCAAGAAUCAUCUCUCACAGUUCCGGGUCAUCUUUGACAGCCCUGAGCCUCACCGGGAGCCUUUGCCUGGCAUCUGGGACAAAUACCUGGACCAGUUUCAGAAGCUGCUUGUCCUCCGCUGCCUGCGUGGGGACAAAGUGACCAAUGCUAUGCAGGACUUUGUGAGCAAUAACCUGGAGCCCCGCUUUAUUGAGCCCCAGACAGCCAACCUGUCUGCAGUAUUCAAGGAGUCCAACUCCUCCACGCCCCUCAUCUUCGUGCUGUCACCUGGCACCGACCCCGCUGCUGACCUCUACAAAUUUGCAGAAGAGAUGAAGUUCUCCAAGAAGCUCUCGGCCAUCUCCCUGGGCCAGGGUCAGGGCCCUCGGGCAGAAGCCAUGAUGCGCAGUUCCAUAGAGAGGGGCAAGUGGGUCUUCUUCCAGAACUGCCACCUGGCACCAAGCUGGAUGCCAGCCCUGGAGCGCCUCAUCGAGCAUAUCAACCCUGACAAGGUACACCGGGACUUCCGCCUGUGGCUCACCAGCCUACCCAGCAACAAGUUCCCAGUAUCCAUCCUGCAAAACGGCUCCAAGAUGACCAUUGAGCCACCACGUGGUGUCAAAGCCAACCUGCUGAAGUCUUACAACAACCUCAGCGAUGAUUUCCUCCACUCCUGUAACAAGGUGCUAGAGUUCAAGUCCCUGCUCCUGUCUCUGUGCCUGUUUCAUGGGAACGCACUGGAACGCCGCAAGUUUGGACCCCUGGGCUUUAACAUCCCCUACGAGUUCACGGAUGGAGACCUGCGCAUCUGCAUCAGCCAGCUCAAGAUGUUCCUGGAUGAGUAUGACGACAUCCCCUACAAGGUUCUCAAGUACACGGCUGGGGAGAUCAACUAUGGAGGCCGUGUCACUGAUGACUGGGACCGCCGUUGUGUCAUGAACAUCCUGGAGGAUUUCUACAACCCCGAUGUGCUCUCCCCGGAGCACAGUUACAGCGCCUCAGGGGUCUACCAUCAGAUCCUGCCCACCUAUGACCUCAAUGGCUACCUCUCGUACAUCAAGGGGCUUCCGCUCAACGACAUGCCCGAGCUCUUUGGUCUGCACGACAACGCCAACAUCACCUUUGCCCAGAAUGAAACUUUUGCCCUGCUCAAUGCCAUAAUCCAGCUACAGCCCAAAUCAUCCUCUGUGGGUGACCAGAGCCGGGAAGAGAUAGUGGAAGAUGUGGCUGAGAACAUUUUGCUGCAAGUGCCUGAGCCUGUCAACUUGCCCAUGGUCAUGGCCAAGUACCCUGUGCUGUAUGAGGAGUCAAUGAACACAGUGCUGGUACAGGAGGUCAUUAGGUACAACCGGCUGCUGCAGGUGAUCACACAGACACUAAGAGACUUGCUCAAGGCACUGAAGGGGCUAGUGGUGAUGUCCUUGCAGCUGGAGCUGAUGGCUACCAGCCUAUACAACAACACUGUGCCUGAGCUCUGGAAUGCCAAGGCCUACCCGUCACUCAAGCCACUGGCCUCAUGGAUCAUGGAUCUGCUACAGCGCCUGGACUUCGUGGAUAACUGGAUCCAAGACGGCAUUCCGUCUGUCUUCUGGAUCAGUGGUUUCUUCUUCCCACAGGCUUUCCUCACAGGCACACUGCAGAACUUUGCCCGGAAGUUCGUCAUCUCAAUCGACACGAUCGCCUUUGAUUUCAAGGUCAUGGCCCAGUCAACAUCAGAACUCAACCAAAGGCCUGAUAUAGGGUGUUAUAUCCAUGGACUGUUCCUGGAAGGUGCCCGCUGGGACCCAGUAGACUUCCAGCUGGCUGAGUCUCGACCCAAGGAGCUGUACACAGAGAUGGCUGUCAUCUGGCUCUUGCCAGUACCCAAUCGCAAGGCCGAGCACCAAAACUUCUAUCUCUGUCCCAUCUACAAGACACUGACCCGUGCUGGAACGCUAUCAACCACAGGCCACUCCACCAACUAUGUCAUUGCUGUGGAGAUCCCCACCACCAAGCCUCAGCGACACUGGAUAAAGCGUGGCGUGGCCCUCAUCUGUGCCCUGGACUACUAG